UAACCGGGACGGGCCCGCAGCGUCUGUGACGGCGCUGCGGCCUCAGCUGCCCAGAACUCGCCCCUGGCUGCUCGUUCACAGCCCCGGCGCCUUCAGGCGGCUGCACUCGGCGAUUCUCCGAGCGAAUUGUUCGCCGAGAAUUGCUCCGUGCCAGCGAGUCCUGAACUCGCUAAGUCCCUCUGUGAAUUUCCCUGAAUUCCCGUUGAAGUUUUGUUGAGGCAUUGUUGCUCACCUGGGAUAUUCUCCUUCCAAAAUGGCUUCUGGAUUCCCGAAAAAGACACUGGCACCUCGUUUUCUGCUCAGGGAAAGACUGAAGCCUGACACUCUGCUUCCCUCUAAGUUCCAAAGGGAGAAGUUUCUCAACAUGAAGAAGCAGGCCAGCAAGGCUGGGGAGAAUCAUCUGCCCAGAAUUGGCCCAUUUCUAGACAUGAGUGAGACUGGUCCAAAGCUGUCACCAGUUCCCCCAAAACAGAGCUUGCUUCGGGUUUCCCCACCAGAGGUGGUAUUUGAAAACGUUGCCCCCCAUGAGGUCUCUGAAAUGGCAGUGUCCUUCAUGAAUAAGGACAAGAUUCCUCGGAUGGUGAAGGUCUGCAUGGAGAGCUCACCUUAUUUCCAGCUGGCGUGCCCCAGUGAUGCGUACCAUAUCGUGCCACCGUUCGCGACUGCCCGUGUGCGCAUCCGCUUCACUCCUGACGAGACCAAGGAUUAUUCUCAUGAGCUCGUCUGCCUGACUGCAAAGGAAAGGAUAGUUGUGCCAAUUCGGACCAUUGCUGCCCGAGCUGUCCUGGACGUCCCUGACCAGCUGGACUUCUCCAAGUGUCCAGUCAAGUACAGCACCCAGAAGACUCUGCUGGUUCGCAACACUGGUAAACUGGAAGCUCAUUACCAGCUGAGCACCCAGAGUCCUUUCUCUGUGGUUCCGGCCACGGGAACUCUGGGCGCUGGUGACAGCAUGCAGGUGACAGUGGGAUUCCACGCACUGACGACUGGGGACCAUUAUGGGUCCCUGGUAGUGUGCUACAACACAGGUGAAGAAAGUAUCCACAUGAACCUCCAUGGAGAAGCUGUAGAUCUCAACGUUGGGUUGAGCACAUAUUCUGUGAAGCUUGAGAAGACUUUCAUCACCAUGACAAACCACAAAACCAUGUUCAUUGAAAACAGGAGUAACAUCACAGCUCACUUCCAGUGGAAGACUUUUCCUACUGAGGAAGAUGACAAUAAAGAGAAGAGGAGGCAGUGUCGUUUGCUGUACCCGCCAAAUGAGGUGUGGGCGGAAAACUUCAAGGAGAUGUUAAAAAUACAAAAGGUGACGGGCUUUUAUGAAGAUCACCCUGCUGUCCUGAGGAACAUGGUCCAGGAGGAGAUGGCAAAGGUGCAACAAGACCCCCUGCUGUUCUCCAGUGAUGUUUUUUCCAUUGAGCCAAUGGAGGGAGAAAUUGGGCCAAAUUGUUCGGCCGAGAUCAAGGUGACCUUCAAACCCCUGGAAGCACUGAAGUACCAAAGUGUGGCUUACUGCAACAUCUCAGGCCGUGAGAGCAGGCUGCCCCUGCGCCUCAGAGGGAAAGGCCAAAGAACCUUGCUUGAAUUCAGCUCUCCUUCACUGAACCUUGGGAACAUCCUUGUCAACACCCUCCACGUCUAUGAGGUGAAGCUGAUUAACCAAGGAGCUCUUGAUGCUCCCUUCACCUAUAUCCCUUCAACUGCAAACGUGGGCUUCUGCUUCAAGUUUGCACCUGAGGAGGGCAUCAUUGCACCAGGUGGGAUCCAGACUAUUCAGAUCUCCUUCAAUGCCACCGUGCUGGGGGAGUUUGAGGAAGAAUUCCAGUUCAGUGUGGCUGGAUCUCCUGUGCCUGCAAUCCUGCCCAUCAAGGUCAAUGUCACUCAACCGACUUUACACUUCGACCUUGAUGAGCUCAGCUUCGGGGCCAUCUCCUUUGGCUUUCCCUACACCCAGAGCUGUCGCCUGACUAACACCUCCCCGGUGCCCGUGACGUUCAAGCUCCGCAUGUCGAAGGAUGGCACGCAGCCUGCUGUGAAUGUCUUUGAUCAGAUACGCAGCAACAGUGACCCGUCCUGGAGGGAGGGAAUUCGUUUUUAUGUGGAGCCAAGAGAGUUUACAAUCAAUCCCAGCCAAGGAACCAUCCUCCCCCAGGGACACCAGGAUAUCGAGGUGACCCUGUGUUCCAACACGGCGAUGGAAUUCUGCCGGAAAAUGCUGGUGGACCUGGAGGGUUAUGGCGAGGGAGUGGAAUCACUGGUCGUCACAGCCAGGUGUUGCAUUCCUGAGCUGCGUGUGUCCCACCAAAUCCCGCCGCACGAUGAGUAUGAGCUGAAGGUGCCGUUUGAGAGGAAGUUGGUCAUUGGGAAUCCCACCGACCUUCCUGGCUGCUACGGGCUUAUUCCCCAGGAACGCAAGGAGGACUCUCCUGUGUUCUACUCCAGCCCCAAACCCUGUGGGAUUGUCCAGCCUCACAGCAUUGCAGAGAUUCCAGUUACAAUUGAAGUCCAAAGACUGGGCAAGCAUCGUACCAACGUUCUUAUCGGCGUGUUUGGGGAUGAGAGAAACCCACUGAGAACAGGAUUUUGGAGCUCUGGAUUCCUGGGAAAGAUCUACCUAAGUGCAAGGCUGAUAGACUUUGGCAUGCUCCCAGUAGUACAGCCUACUCCACGAAGUUUUACCCUCUUCAACAAAGGUUUUACCCCUAUAGACUUCAGGAUGGAGAUUAUUAACAGACCCGACUGCUUUGCCAUUGAACCCAGCGCAGGAGUGAUCCCCGCUAGGGCUGAGCUGCCUGUGACUGUCACAGCAACCCUGGAUGACACUAAGUGUUUUGAUGAUGUUGUCCAUCUGUUCAUUGGGAACAGCUAUUGGGCCGAAUGUAGGCUGAUGGCUUUGGGCACUGGCACCGCAAUUGCCAUAGACAAACCGUUUGCCCCAGAGCUCAACCUGGGAUACCAGUUCAGCCUCGUUCCCUGUAUUCGUCAGUUCAAACUAACAAAUAGAGGCCCCUAUUUCCAUUGGCUCAUCUGGAGCGUGGGAUGCUACAGCCCACCUGAGGAGGAGGGCCAGAGUGUCUCAGCCCUCAGGAGCCGCAAAGAUGAUUCCCAGAGCCCCAAACGUGCCACCCCCGUGUUUGGGCUGGAGCCACGGUCAAUGAAACUGCAGCCAGGCGAGUCUGUGGACAUGGUGCUGCGAGGCUUCUCCGACGUCACACAGGAGGUGCAGGAUUAUGUGGUUUGUGAAGCUCUCAUUGGGGAAAGAAGAAUGACAGAGAAGAUAAUAGAAACGAUCAUUACCUGUGAGUUCAUUCACCCCUCUGUAGAAGUAUCAGCCAGACAAUUCUCUUUCCGGGUGGAGAAGAAACCCAGUGAUGUCCUGACGCUGCAGUACCAGCCUUUGGCUUUAAAAAACACCUGCCUGCUGCCACUGGACCUUAUGCUGGAUGUGGAGCAGCCGUUCCUGGUCUGUGAUGAGGACCAGCAGCCCCUCCCAGAUGGCCAGCCCGUGACAGUGGAUGUAGGGGAGACCUGUCAUCUCUACAUCGCGUUUGACCCAGCUUAUGAACUGGAUUUUAAGAGCUGGAAAAAAGAGAAGGUUCUGAAGAUAGACAUGGUCAGGGGCCAUCCUUUUGUGGAGCAUAUCACCCUUCGGGGAGAAGUCCACUUCCCAAAUCUCCAAAUCCAGCCCAGCACCCUGGAGUUUGGCUGCAUCGCGGCUGGCACUGAAGAAGUGCGUUCUCUGGAGAUCACCAACUGCAGCCCAUUUCCUGUAAAGUACCACUGGUCAUUCCAUCCCGACAGCCAGGUGAACAAGUUGAGAGAUGAGCCUUACCCACCUAAAUCCAAACCUGAACCACCAAAGAUGAAGAGAACCUAUUCGGCUCUUUUGGAAUCUCAAUGGAGAGACUUCAGGAUUAAAAGGAAGGAGGCAGCCAGAGCCCUGAAAGAAGGGCAGGAUUUUAAACCAUCUAUAGGAGAAGAGGUGCCACCACAACCUUUUGAAGACCCUCACCGCCCACUAGAGUUGGAGGGAUUCAGGUACUUCGUGGACAUCCCAUACACUCGCCUCGAAGUGGAGGAGGCUUUCAGUAUCCUGCCACUGUCAGGUGUGCUGCAGCCAGGAGAAAGCCAGCAGGUCUCCUUCACCUACUUUGGCCACCUCAACACCAUCUCUGAUGUCACAGCACUGUGCCACGUGGAGGGAGGCCCCACCUACGAGGUGGUGGUGACCGGGGAGGUCUCACAUCUCACCUACUCCCUGAGCCUCCAGGAGAUCGACUGUGGCUCUCAGAUGUUUAAUGAAAUUGGUCACAGCACGGUCACCCUGUGGAACACCAGUCAAAUCAAAUUCAACUGGGUGCUAAAGCCCAGCGCUGCAGACCGGCAUCUGCCUGGUGUGUUUCUGGUCAACCCCACCACUGGCUCCAUUGCACCUGGCAAGACGCAAGUGCUGAAAUUCUCUUACAUGCCAGGAUUACCAGGAGCCUUCAUCAGGAUUUACCAGCUUAAAGUGGGUCACCUGGACCCAGAAAAUAUCCUCCUGAAAGGAGAAGCAUCCUUUCCCAUGAUCAGUGUGAACCUGCCCUGGAACAUCAAAGAAAAUGAAAAAUAUGAGAAGACACUGAAACGGCUCAUAACACACCGGCAAAUAUUCAAUCAGUGGAAUAAAUCAGUUGUUCAGAAGAAGACUCGGAGGCCAAAGACUGAGACCUUGAAGUCUCAGACCCUGAAAACUCAGACCACUGAGAGUCAGACCUUGAAGACUCGGAAUCCAAAGACUCAGGACCUGAAGCCCCACAUCCCUCGCUCUGGCACUGUAUCAAACUCUCAGAUGCAGAUAAAGAUGAUGAGGAUGCUGAUAGAGAAGCCUUUUCUGGAGUUGCAGAAAGCGCUUCCAUCCCAUCCCCUGAAGAGAAGUUUCCCUGAUGAGGAGCUGUGCCAGAGUCUUGGCAAAGCUGAGCUGUUUGAGUAUGUCCUGGACAUGGGCCCUGUCCUUAAGGGUUACACUGAGACAUGCACUCUGAAGAUGACCAACCCUGGGCAGAUCCCAGUGUCCUUCCAGGUCGAUGUAUCUCUCCUGCAGGACACAGGUUUCAGUGUGGACCUGGGCCUGAUGAGGUGCCUGCCCCCCGACCACACUGUGGUGCUUGAAGUGCACUUUGAAAGUGCCCACCAGCCCCAGGGUGACGUGGAUGUGCUGCUGCCCAUAGAGGUGACAAACGGCCCCACAUAUAGCAUCCGCCUCCAUGCCACCGUGUCUGAACUGUCUCUCGCACUCUCCAACAACAGACUGCACUUCUCUGACACCCUCAUUGGGCAGUGCCAGGUUGAGACCAUCCGACUCUACAACUGGUUCCGAGCACCCUGCAAAUGGUUCAUUACUGCCACCAAGCCUGUUCUGAAGAUCAAUCACCUCAAAUACACGACACCAGCCGUACGUCAGAAGCGGCGGGUGCUGGAGGAUGAGCCCUGUCCCUUUGAAGUGACGCCCUCCAGAGGAACCCUUGGUGCAGGAAAGUGGCAGAACUUGCAAGUCCAGUUUACACCCAAGGAGGAGAGGUCUUACAAGAAUGAGCUGAAGCUUAACAUUUGUGGGAGCAGCAAACACUUAAAGCUGCACCUCUCAGGACAAGGUCUGGAGCCACGGUUGAAGUUCAACCCCCCAGCACUAAAGAUGGGAUGGAUGCUGGUGGACAGUGAUGGGCUGGAGGCCACAGUGGUGGUGAAGAACCCAUGCGACUUCCCCAUUGAGUUUUACUCCCUGGAUUUUGAUGAGCAGUACCUUGAGGAGGAGAAGAUCCUGCGGGUGGCAGUGGGGUCCGAGUACCAAAAGAACUUUUUUAUGCCUCCACGUGCCGUGGGUGAGACACUGCCCCCAGAGGUGCUGGAGGACUAUGAAGCACAGAGGAGGCUGAAUGCUCAACAGGCAAAUCUCAAGGCCAGAGCUGAGGCUGAGGCUGAAGCCAUGGGCAAGGCAGCACCAGCACAUCACAGGACUCUCACAUUCUGUCCUGAGUCCAUGGUGAAAGGGUCUGGCAAUCCUGUCUCUCGGGCUGUCAUGCGCCACAUGGGCAUUGACCCGUCUUCAGAGGGGCAGCCCAGAGGGAUUGUUGUCAUCGUCCAUGGGCCACCGCGGGCAGGAAAGACAGAGGUAGCAGCAGGCCUGUGUCAGUACUAUGAUGCUGCUUACGUGUCCAUUGACACCGUGGUGAAAGAGGCCAUGGCCAACGAUGGGAGCCCAGCAGGGCUCAGUGCCCGCGAGCUCUGCACCGACGCUGCCAUGGAGCCAAAAGGCAGCGACAAAGAUAAUGGAGGUAAAAAGCCUCAGCUCAGGAAUAAACAAGCCUCUGGGGACAAAAUCAACAAAGAUGCCAAAGACAAGACCCCUUCAGCACAAAAGGAGAAGCCAGCCAGCAAACCCAACAUAAAGGACACCAAGUUCACAGUUUCCACUGCUCCUGCGCCACAACAGCUGAACAUCAUCAGCAGUUCUGGGGAAGAGCUGAACUGCUUGAGCUGUGUGCUGCCCGAGGACCUGCUGGUGGACAUCCUCAGUGAGAGGCUGAAGUGUAAAGACUGCUACAAGGGAGUGGUCUUUGAUGGCUUGGAGACCCUCUUUGCAAGCAGCCUGGAAUCUUCUCUGCUCUGUGUACUCAAAGCUGUCAAAAAUCGUUGUCAUAUCUUCAUGGUGAACCUGCAUCAGGAUUAUGCUUCUUGGCAAGCCAGGGAUGAAGCUGAAAGAAAGAGGAAGGAAGCUGAAAGAGAGAAGGAAGUACUGCAACGGGAAAAAGCUAUUCAGAGGUACAUAGAAUGUGUCUUGCAAAUGGAUGAGGACGAGUUUGAUGCCCUCCCUGAGGAGAAGAAAGCAGAAGUGGAUAAAAUGGUAUUGGAAAAGAAGCGCAUACAGAGGGAGAGGGAGCAGAAGCGGCUGGCUCAAAAGCUUGAGGAGGAGGCAAAAGCCUUAGAGGAGGAAGAGAGGCAGAAGGAGGAAGAGAGGCAGAAUGAGGAAGAGAGGCAGAAGAAGGAAAAGAAGGGUGUCUCUGUGAGGAAGCAACCUCCACAGCCAGAGAAGGGGAAAACCAAACCCCCAGAGAAGAUGGAAACCAAGGCCCCAGAGGGGAAGGAAACCAAAUUCUCAGACAAGAAGGAAACCAAACCCUCAGAAAUGGAGGAAAGCAAAAUCCCAGAAAUGAAGGAAACCAAAUCCCCUGAGGGGGAGGAAAUCAAAGCCCCAGAGAAGAAGGAAACCAAAAUCCUAGAAAUGAAGAGAACCAAAAUCCCAGAGAAGUUGAAAUACAAAGCUCCAAAUAAAGGGGAAACCAAAGUCCCUGAGAAGAGGGAAACUGAAAUCCCAGAGGACCCAUCUGAGAUGGAGAACUUGAUCCUGAGGUUUCAGAUCUAUGAGUCAUCGCAGCAGAACGUCGCAGAGGUUUUGUCCUACUGGGACAGGGUUCAGGGUACCAUGCAGUUACCUGUGAUCCAAAAGGGAGACAAGUCCCAGUCUUCAGCUGAAAACAAAGGUCAGAAGACCAAUAAGCCUCAGGAGAAGCUGGAGAAGCUUGAACAAAAAAGUGGAGACCAAAGGAGUCGUCAGUCAUCUCAGCUGGAGAUGCAAAGUGAAGCUGCAGAGGGGGCAGUCAGAGACGAGCAUGUUGGGGUGCCGUGCCUGGACAUCCAGGUCUCAGAUCCAAAGGCCAUGAUCGGGGAGAUCCUGAGGGAUGGGAAGCUGCCAUCGGAAGACGAGAUGCUGCAGCAUGUGGGACUGCAUCCCGACGGCCCUCCCCUUGCCCCUGCUGCUGUGCUCUCCAUAGUCGAGUACCCAGAGGAGCGGCUGGGCCCUGCAGGGCGUGUGGAGCCCUUCACCAUUGUGGCACCAGAAGGUGCUGCUGUGGAAGACAAUCUGGCCGAGGCCCCAGAUGUGAAGGGCAGUUCUGCCGAGGGCCAACCAAAGACAGGUGAAGCAGCCAGCAGAGACAGCUCUGCAAAGGAGAAGCAGAUCUCCACACAGAGAACAGAAAGUCCCCAGGAUUCCUCUGCAAUGAGAUCCAAAAGUACACUGGAAAGUGCCUCAGUCCCCACAGAAUUCCUCAGGCUGAAACGGUACCGGUGGGUAGUGCCUGCCCACGGUGAGGUGGAACUGAAGGUUCACUUCUCCGCCAAAAGGCCAGGGAAGUUUGAGCAGACGCUGAGGUUUGAGCUCGUGCAGACAAAGCGCCAGUACAAGCUGCCCUGCCGUGGCACCAGCCUGUACCCCAGCAUCAGCCAGGACCCAUGGGUGGUGUUUCCACAGUGGAGGGAGGCCAUGGAGGAAGAUGAAAUCAUCUUCAAGGAGUAUGUUGAGAGCACAAAGCAAUUCCACUUUGGACCACUGCUGUGUGGGAAAUCAAGAGACUGGUACAAGGCCCAGAACUGUCCCAGCAACUUGGAGAAUAUAACCAUCCUCAACAACUCCCCCAUGGACGUAGAGGUCCAGUUCUCCUUUGAGAAUGCUGGGGAAGCAGCGACGUUCCUCUUGGACCCUCCCAGCAUGGCACUGAAACCAAAGCAGAAGCAGGAGCUGACCAUUUGGGCCUACCCCACUUCCCCUGGCUUCCUGCAAGACAAACUCAUCUGCAGCAUUGGGAAGAACCCGGAGCCAGUGGUCUUCAGCCUGUGCUGCCAUGGGGUGCACGUGAAGCUGGAGGUCAGCCCCCUGGAGCUGUCUUUUGACAAGAUGCUUCUGCACAGGACUGACAGCAGGACCUUGGUCCUGAAAAACAACACCCUGCUGCCCAUGGCCUGGCAGCUCAGUGGGCUGGAUGACCUUGCUGAAGACUUCUCCUUGUCACAAGAUAAAGGCACCAUUGAUCCUCGCUCAGAGUUGGAAGUGACAGUGCAUUUCAGGGCCGGGCAGAUUGGCAGCAUUGAGAAGACCCUCCGACUAGAGGUUUCAGAUACAGAAAACAUCCUGGGGAUUGUUCAGACUGAAAACAUCAAAAUCUCUGCAGAAGUCUAUGAGGUUUCUGUGAGCCUCAACAUGCCUGAAGGUCCAGAUGGAAGCUUGGAAUUUGGAACCAUUAGUGUCCUGGAUAAUGUGAAGAAAGUCCUGAGUCUGAAGAACAAAGGGGUAUACAACACUGAGUACAGUUUCACGCUGAAGGGUGCAGGUCGCAGAAUGCAAAACGUGGCAUCCCACUUCACUGUUCAGCCUCAGUCAGGCAUGCUGGCUGCCUCCCAGCGUGGCGUGAAUAUUGAGAUACUCUUCCACCCCACAAGUGAAAUUCUCCUCAAGAAUGAGCCCAUCAUCUCCUGCCAGGUGAUAGAUGCCCGCUCAGGUGAAGGAGGCCAGGUUGUCACCAGCAUCCCAGUGAAGGUGUCAGCGAAAGCCGAGUACAGCAAGUACAGCAUUGAGCCUGCCUCACCCAUCGACUUCGGUGCCGUGAUCAAGGGCACCAAGAAGAGCCAGGCUGUCGUGCUGGAGAACAAAGGCGCGCUCAACCUCAAAUUCCGUGUCCGCCGAGCACCCGAGCUUGCAUCUGCGUCAGAAAGCAAAAGUUUAAAGCAAGGGGAAUCUGCUGCAUCAGCUACAAAGACCUCAUCAAGGAAAUCAAGCUCUUUGUCACAGGGUCACCUCAAUCUUGGCAUGUUCACGGUGUCCCCCUGCUCUGGCUCCAUCCGUCCGUGGGGUCAGCAGAAGAUCACAGUGGAAUGCCUUGCUGGGCAGGAGGGGACAUGUGAGGAGCAGCUCUACAUUGACAUUCCAGGCAGAGACCCCGAGGACAAUCCCCUCGGCAUUCCCUUUACCCUGAUGGCCGAGUCCUGCCUCCCAGGAUUUUCUGAGGAUGUCAUGUUAAUCUUCGAGGAGUACCCAAUCUGCAGCAGCAUCAACCUCAGCCACAUGCUGCAGUCGGUGACAGGCACGGGCCUGUUCAUCAGAGAUGAGAACCAAUUCAUCUUCCACAAGGUUCUGGUUGGGCAAGAGGCUGAAGCUCAUUUCAAGAUCUAUAGUGCAAGCCGUCUGCCAUGUGACGUGGUCCUCUCCAUCAAGCCCCUGCCUGGAAAGGAACAAAUCCCUAUCAGAAACAUUUUCAAGUUGGAUCCAGUCAAGAUGUCUGUUCCUGGCUCAUCCCAUGCCGUUGCCACGGUGACCUUCACCCCACCAGAUGAACAGAACUAUGACUGCACUUUCAAGGCUUUCUUUGACAUCCCAAAAGGCCCUGUGAAAAUUAAACCCCAGAUCCUGACCUUCACCAUCAGUGGGAAGGGGCACAAGCCACAGCUGACAGUCGUGUGCCCAAGUGCUCGCACCAAGAGGGGAAAUGCCUUGCUGCGCUUCAAGAGGCUCCAGGUGGGGGAUUCAGAGACGCUGCCCCUGGUCAUCCGUAACGAUGGCAUCAUAUCUCUCAAGUUUAUGUUGCGCCUAAAGGAUGAGCAUGGAGCGUUCUUCUUGAAAGGCAGGGCCUCCACACUCGAGGUAUUCCGCACUGAAGAUGUGGACGAGGACUCCAUUGGAAAUGAGAGCAAUGCCCCAAAGAAGCCUUUCUUCCUUCUGCAUCACGGGCAAUCGACAGAGUUGGAUGUCAUUUUCAAACCCACCCUGGCUCAACGUCUGGAAGGGAAGAUUUGUCUGUUCGUGAAGGACAUCUCUAGCAAAACCCUAGUAGAGCUGGUGGGUGAAGGCCACAGGGAUGAAUUCACCCUCGAUGGCCUAGAGGAAGACACAGAGGAGGGGUAUACUGAGAGCAUUCUGAAGAAAGACAUCAUUGAUGCUGUCAGAGUGAAUCACCUCCAGUUUGGGGACUGUUCUGUCGGGGAGUGCUGCUGCAGGACCAUCACCAUCACCAACCACACCCGUAACCAGUUCAUGCGCUUUGAGUGGGAGGCAGACGCCCCAUUCCAGUUCUCCCCCAAGGUGGGACACCUCCAUCCUGGCUGUGCCAAGGGCAUCACAGUGACCUUGAAAUCAGAUGACCCAGCCACCUUCAGGAGGCACCUUGUGAAAUGUAAGGUGACCAAGAUCAACUUUGAUCUGCCACGAAGGAAGGUUCCUGACUGGGAUGACGAAAAGUGCUCAAGGUACACAUUGAAGAUGGCCACCAGGAAAGACCCAGAAGACUUCCCUAAAAUAGAGAAGGAGCUCGAGAUAGCCCCGGAGCCAGCUCACACUGUGGUGGAGGAGAGCAGCCAGGAGUUGGAGGUGUACCUCAGUGCCGUUGUUGCCUACUCCCAGUUGAAGCUGAACACGAUCGAGGUUCAGUUCAAGGAUACCUUUCCCUUCCAGACAAGGACAACCACUUUCAAAAUUCACAAUAAAGGGAAGUCAGCGCUGGAAUACUCCUGGGAGGGCACUGCACAUGGAGAACCAGUGACCAAGCCAUUCUCAUUCACUCUGAUGCGUCGGUUCCUCUCCGAUGCAACUAUAAGGAAUCGCGCUGAGCUGCUGCGUAGUUACUGGUGGGAGCUGGAACAUAUUGCUGAGAUGUGUCCUAAAGUACAGCGGCUGCGGCGGACUGAGAGGAGCCAGCAGGAUUCUGAGCAGGAACAGCAGCAGGAUUCCCAGCAGCAGGAUUCUGAGCAGGAACAGCAGCAGGAUUCUGAGCAGGAACAGCAGCAGGAUUCCCAGCAGCAGGAUUCUGAGCAGGAACAGCAGCAGGAUUCCCAGCAGCAGGAUUCCCAGCAGCAGGAUUCCCGGCAGCAGGAUUCCCAGCAGCAGGAUUCCCAGCAGCAGGAUUCCCAGCAGCAGGAUUCCCAGCAGCAGGAGCAGCAGCCCUCUGAGCAGGAGCAACUUUCUGAGGAGGAGCAGCUGGAGUCCAAGCAGAGGAAGGGUUCCAAGGAACGGCGCCUCUCUGAGCAGCGGCCGCAGCCCAAUCCAGACCUUUUCAAGAAGAUAUGCUUCUCAAAGGCAAAGGAUCUUUUUCUGCAGCCUGCCGGUUCCUCCCUGGAAAUCUUCCCAGAUUUCAUCCAUGACCUGCCAGUGUUCUCCAUCAACCCCGACCGUGGCAUCCUUGCUCCUGGCCAGAAGCAGACCUUUCACGCAAAGUUCUCCCCAAAGUGUGUGGGGAAGUUUGGGGUCACCAUGAUGUGCAGGAUUCCUAACCUGAAGCCAACUCAGAAGAGGGUGCAAGUGAUUUUGAAAGGCAGAGCCCGGGAGAACAGUCUUGAUAAAUUGAAAUUCUCUGCCUUAUGGCAGCUCGAGGAAGGCCAGAGACCCAAGAAGAAGGUGCACUGGAAACCAGCACCUGAGUGACAGCAUUUGUGUCAGCUGGAGCAUCUGGCAGGAGCCGGCAACAUCGUGUCUUCUGAUGCUGAUGGUCUCCCACCCUUCACCAGAGACCUCUGCAGCUACCCUUCCAAGCUCCAGUGAAGACCUCUCAUUAUCUUUCAGUUACCUAAGUUAAUUGACUAAUUGUUAGUUGUUAAUUAAUUGUUCAUUGUUAAUUAAACAAUUGGCAAUAAAUCGUUAAUUGUCA